AUGGGCCAAUGCGUUUUAUCACUAAUCAAGCCGAUAGAUUGCUUGUGCAACGUUUGUUUGCUUGGUGAUGACAUUCGUUGUAUGGAUCGUGAGCCGUACAACAAGGGUGCAUUUAAGAUUCAGAUAGACUUUCCGGCCGAGUACCCGUUCAAGCCGCCAAAGCUUUACUUCCUGACCAAGAUAUAUCAUCCGAACAUUGAUGAAAAAGGUCAGGUUUGCCUUCCAAUUGUUUUGCCAGAGAAUUGGAAGCCAGCUACCAGAGCGGAACAGGUUGUGGAGUCACUAAUCAUGCUGGUUAAUGAACCGGAACCGGAGCAUUCGUUGAGAACUGAUUUGGCCGAGGAAUACUCAAGGGAUAGGAGAAAGUUCAUGAAGAACGCAGAAGACUUUACGAAGAAAUACGCCGAGAAAAGACCUGAUUAG